AUGGCUGGAAGAAGGAAUGGUACAAUUACAAAGUUCAUUCUCUUAGGAUUCUCUGAAUUUCCAAAGCUCACCGUUGUCCUCUUUUCAAUAUUCCUAGGGAUCUACCUUAUGCCAGUAUCCUGGAAUGUGGGCCUCAUCACCCUCAUCAGGAUGGACUCUCACCUGCACACACCUAUGUACUUUUUCCUCAGUAACCUGUCUGUGCUGGACAUCUGCUAUGUUUCCACUAUAGCGCCCAGGAUGCUCUCAGACUUCUUCAAGAAGCAGAAAUUCAUCUCCUUUAUGGAGUGCACAAUACAAUACUUCUUCUCUAGAUUGGGUCUGACUGAGUGCUGUCUCCUGGCAGCCACGGCUUAUGAACACUAUGCUGCCGUUUGUAAUCCUCUUCUCUCCACAGCCAUCAUGUCCCCAACCCUCUGUGUGAAGAUGGUGGCAGGAUCUUGGAUAACUGGAUUCUUUGGUUCAUUGAUCCAGCUGUGUGUUUUACUUCAGCUCCAUUUCUGUGGGCCAAAUGUCAUCAACCAUUUCUUCGGUGACCUUCUCCAACUACUGAUCCUAUCCUGCUCUGACACCUUUUUCUUUCAAGUCAUAACGUCUGUGAUCACAGUGAUUUUUGGGCUCACAUCUGUCCUGGUUAUCAUGAUAUCCUAUGGUUAUAUUAUUGCCACCAUUCUGAAGAUCACUUCAGCUGAAGGCAGGUCCAAGGCCUUCAACACCUGUGGUUCUCACCUGACAGCAGUGACCCUCUUCUUUGGCUCAGGUAUCUUUGUUUAUAUGUAUCCUAACUCUGGUGAUUCCCUGAAUCAAAACAAGUUGGCAUCAGUCUUAUACACUGUUAUAAUUCCCAUGCUAAAUGCAUUGAUCUACAGCCUGAGGAACAAGGAAAUAAAAGAUGCCCUAAACAGAUGGAAGAAGAGAAUCUUUUCCUAG